UGCAAGAGAGACUGGGAUGCGCUAUAUCUGGUACCGACUCCGGCGGUUGUCGUGCCCUGCGAGCGUGCACCACAGCCGGGAAGUACAAUUGCAUCUGCAGCCUAAUAUCACGUUCGACCAACACAGACAAUUCGCUUGAAAUAUAUUGUUUCUGGUUUUAUAGUCACAAUUAACAGAUACCACGAGCCACAAUUUCUACUGUAUUAUACUGUAUUCUAGUGUAUGUGUUGCUAAGUAAGUAAGUUAGAUCUUAGAUGCAAAUUGAUCUGUUUGUGCAGACUGAUUAGACAGCACUAGCCUGCUAGCUGACGUUUUGCUACCCGCCUUGCGAGAAAAUCGCGGAAGAGAAUUGAUUGUCGGCGCGGUGCGGUUAAAAUGAACGAGACGGAGCACCCUCUAACCCUUGCAGAAUAUGAUUUCGAACGACGCUUUGACGAGAGCGUCGCUAUCGAAUGGAUGCAAGAGAACUGGAGCAAGUCGUUCGUGUUCUGCGGGCUGUACGUGGCGCUCGUCUUCGGGGGCCAGCACUUCAUGCGGGAGAGGCAGAAGCUGGAGCUGCGCAGGCCGCUGGCGCUGUGGUCGCUCAGCCUGGCCAUCUUCAGUAUCAUCGGCGCUGUGCGGACCGGGUCCUACAUGCUCCACGUCCUCUACACCAGCGGCUUCAAGCAGUCAGUCUGUGACCAGAGCUUCUACAGGGCCCCUGUCAGCAAGUUCUGGGCGUACGCUUUUGUCCUGAGCAAAGCCCCUGAGCUAGGGGACACAGUGUUCAUCGUGCUGCGGAAACAGCGUCUGAUCUUCCUGCACUGGUACCACCACGCCACGGUACUGCUCUACUCCUGGUACUCCUACAAGGACCAGGUGGCCGGUGGCGGCUGGUUCAUGACCAUGAACUACCUGGUGCACUCGCUGAUGUACAGCUACUACGCAGCGCGGGCGGCCGGAGUGCGGGUGCCCCGCCGCUUCGCCAUGCUGGUCACCGUCACCCAGAUCGCGCAGAUGGUCAUGGGGCUGGCUGUCAGCAGCCUGGUCUACCUAUGGAUGCAGGAGGGGCGCUGCCCCUCCCACCUGGACAACAUCGUCUGGGGCUCACUCAUGUACCUCAGCUACCUGCUGCUCUUCUCCUCCUUCUUCUACAGCUCCUACCUCAAGGGCUCUGGUGGCAAGGCCUCCAAGGCGGACUAG